AUGACUGUGUUCAGGGCAGAAACCUCCUCUGACCGUGUGAUUGGACACCAACUAAUGAGCGCAGAGGAAAGUAACUUGUCCUUCGGCGAGAGCACGCUGGCUGCGUUGGAAGUCUUGCACCUUCAGGGAAACGCUCUGAGCAUGCUAGACGCCGGGAUUUUCUCAAGGCUCCCCAACAUACGAAGCCUUCACCUUCAGCAAAACCUGUUUAGCAUCUGUCCUUCUCUCAAGGGUCCAAUGCACGACUGCAUCCGACUGUCCUCUAUCCCGACCCUGAGCUAUCUGUACCUCUCGGAGAACAGUCUUGCAUCGGUUCCACCAGGCGCGUUUCGCGGAAGCCCGCUGCUUAUUCUGGAUCUUUCUCAGAAUGCCGACAUGGGCUUGGGCCCGUCAUCUCUCUCAGGUUUGGAGACGACCCUCGCCCAUCUUUCUCUAAGAGGAAACCAGCUCCGAACCCUAGCCGUCGACUUCACCUUCUUCCGGAAACUCAAGUCUUUGGAUCUGUCAGUGAACCGACUCACGGGGGUCUCUCUGUGGAGCGGAGAUUCUUCUGUGGAGUCCUUGAACCUGCAGAAUAACAGUUUGGUAACGCUUGCAUCUGACACGGUUUUCGCUCUGCAGAAAUCGCUCCGGACUUUAUACGUGGGCUCAAACCCGUUGAGCUGCUGCGGAAACCCAUACCUCCUCACGUUGCUCCAGCAGGACAGACUGAAUGUGCCGGACAUCGCCGCCGCAACCUGCUGGUACACCAGAGACUCGGAGAGCGUUGAGAUCAGCGUGAGCGCCGUGCAAUCGGAGCACUGCGAGUCUGUGGACGGGAAAGUGUUGUGGAUCAGCGUGAUCGUCGUGCUCGCGCUCGGACUGACGCUGGUGUCGGUGGUCGCCUUGAAACUCUGUCACUCGAAAACGCACGGAUUCAAAAGAGGCAUCAAAGCUUGAGUCAAAAGAAGGAAAAGAAACCAAAGCAUUCUCACCUGACUGUGGUGCCGCAUGCAUGACCGCUGGGUUUCAGUAUGUGAUGCGUGGGUGGAUCUGGAACAAGUUCAGUGUCAAAUCCUGAUCGCCAUCCUUUGCAUUCACAUCAGUUGUGACAUUUGCUAUUUAAACAGAAAUGCAUGCAAUAUUCACAGAAUAAACUGGUGAGGGUAAAGCACGUUUUUGUGCUGAUUUUCUGCAAUAACACUACACUUUCUGAUGCACGCACUUUAUCGAUUGUGAUUUGUGAAUAUGGGAGUGAAAUGUACAUGCAUAAUGUGAAAACUGCAUCAACAAGUUGCGAACAGAUGCAAGAUUGACUGGAGAGGGUUGUAAAGUGAGACGUGAUUGUAGGAGUGUGUUUUCAAUUUGUGUCCCUGGAGCACAAAAGCAGUGUUAAGUCGCUGGGGUAUAUUUGUAGCAAUAGCCAACA